AUGUGGACUCAUCAUAAAGUGACGUUUUGUAAUACGAGGCUGUAUUUGUUAAUCUCAUUUUGUUCUGAACGACUAAUUUGUUUCACAUUAUGCUUUUAUUUUUCAGAAGUGUUGGAAAUCCGCUCUCACAGAGCUAUAAAGGAAGAAAUUUCAAUCAUCUGUCGAGUCAACCCCCCCAAGGGUCGAUGGUGCACACGGCGAGACUGGUCAUCACCUCCCGACUCCCGAGUGGAUGCUUCCAGGCGGGUUUUAUAUUCUUCAGUCUUCCUAGGUAGUCCAGGUGAUGCCAGUAAUACGAGUAUCGGUAGUGGAGAAGGAACGGGAGAAGAAGAUGAUGACUCGAAUGGCAAAAAAAACCAGAAAAAACGUGGCAUUUUUCCUAAAGUUGCAACUAAUAUACUAAGAGCGUGGUUGUUUCAACAUCUAACGCACCCUUAUCCUUCAGAAGACCAGAAAAAGCAGCUAGCACAAGAUACAGGACUGACGAUAUUACAAGUCAACAAUUGGUUCAUCAAUGCACGACGAAGAAUUGUACAACCAAUGAUAGAUCAAUCAAAUCGAGCAGUUUAUUCUCCGAUUUCAGUAUAUACCCACCCAGGGCCAUCGGCAGGCUAUCCAGAUGCAAUGAGCUAUAUGAUGGAUGGACAGGCUCAGAUGAUGCACCGAGCGCCUGGUGAUCCAACCUUUCACCAAGGGUAUCAUUAUCCACCGGCGGAAUAUUACCCUCACCACUUGUAAUACCGUAACUAUUUAAGUGUUUAGCUAAGAUAAUUGUGUAAUAAAUAAAAAUUCGUACACAUCACACGUAUUCUAAGCGGAAGUAACUCGUGACAAAUGCUUCCCAGUGAACAAUUACAUUAACUAAACAAUCGAAAACAAUGUGGCCAUCUAGAAGAACCAAAAACGCAAGACAACUGGCAUGCACAGAAUGUUGAACAUUCAUGGAUAGUCCAAAAUCAUCCUUUUUGGAAGAAAGUGAGAAGGCAGCUGUGUAACGGGUAUAUGGCAACAUCGCCGUUAACAAAAAAGCAACAGCAACCUCAUACACAGAUGUCUCUAUCGUUACCUAUUGAGCUUUCGACAAAUUACAUCAAAAUUUCAGUAAAAUUGAAAAUAUUUAUUUGAAAAGCCAUACACUUACAUUAAUUCUACUUGGCAGUUUAUAAACUUUUUUGCAUACUUCGUCUGCAAACAAUGUCAACCAAACAUUUAUUUUUGUAGUUUCUACUUGAUAUUUAUUUGCUAUACCUAUGUAAAUAUAUAUUAUAAUGAAUAAUUUAGCUCAGCGUCUAGCAUUUCGAUAAAGUGGAGCGAUUGCUAUGUAAGAACAGAAAAUGAUCAUAACAAAGGGCAUAGAAUAUGUAGCAAAAAAACUGGACCUUUAAAAAAUGUUUGAAACUAGGCUAGGUUGAUUUCAAAACCUCUUAUUGUAAUUUCUCUCACAAAAAUCUUUGGUUACUAAGCAGACGUAUAAGUGCAAAAAAAUGAUAUAGUUAUUCCAGAACCCAUUUCGAUAAAUUCAAUUGGCUGAAAACGAAAUCAACGUAAGCAAUCAAAAAAUAUCGUGUUAGUGACUGAGGCAGAACCAAAUGAUUAUUCACUCUUUAUUCUGGUCAAUUUUACUAUAUCUUUACUUAUUCACAUAUCUUUACAUCUUGUAGAGAUUUGAAAUUUAAAAAAAAAUACAUGCUCUGUUUUAUUUGAUUUGGGUUGAGUCAAAACGAAUUGAAAAAGUUGUUCGAUUAUUAUAAUAUUUAUUUUUUUCAAUCUGUUUUCAGUUCGGGGCAAUUUACUGUAUACAGUUUUUCUCUGAGACAAAUGUGAACUAUUAAUUUCCGGAAAAAAUUCAGGCGGGGUGGAUCGAAUUGACCAAAGACACUAGUAAUUGUUAUCAAUGUUUGGGUUAACUACACUGGAUUAAAACCAUAGCGUACAACUGAGAACCACCACGCACACCAAAACUUGCAGUGAAUGAUUACACUGUGCUGCACAUGAAAAAAUAUACAAGAACUUCUGAAGUAACCUAGUGUAGGUUGUAGGUCUUGUUAAUUAUAACAUUCACUUAAACUAGAAAUUUUCAAACACCCUCUAAAAUUUAAAUUUUGGUCAAAAUUCCGUGUUCAGAUAGAUUCUACUAUCUUAUUUUUUUUAAAUCUAUAGACACAUGUUAAUAUUUUAAAAGCCUCAUUUUUCACCUUUCCAAAAAUGGCAAAAUAUAAAGAACCGGUUGAAAAAUGACCGAGUGAGAAAUAAAAAUGUGAGCUAAUGUCCAAACACGGGGUUUUGAUCAUAAUUUCAAAUUUGAGGGAUGUUUGAAAAACUGCAUGUAUGGGCGCAAGUUACACUCGACAAAACUACAACAUACACUAGUUCACAUCAGCAUAGAAGCAAAAAAUUCUGUUUCCCUCAAAAAUGUAUAAUUCAGUCAAAUAUCAGCCAAUUUUCACAAACCACCCCCAUUUGAUUCGUUCUUGAAUAUACUUUCAAAAUGCAGGUGGAUUUAUAGUGUUUUUCCUACAAAAAUGUUCGAUUCUUGGCUCGGAAAAGACUAUUAGUGUCAGUAAGAUCGUAGCGCUAGCCGCGCAACUAUCCUGUACACCAAGCCUGUCCAACUUUCGUGACACGCGGGCCAAAUUUUACAAUCUACAACAGCUGUCGGGCCAACAUUUGGAAAACUUCCAAAUUUCAGCUAAUUUUUGGAUUAUGUGCAAAUAUAAGUUGGAAUAUCUUGCCGGUUAACUUUGAUUUUGAUAUAAAAGCAGUCUGUUUUAGAUUGAAAAGUCAAAGGUGAUAUCAGUUGAAGCUUACUAUAAUAAAGGUAAUCUUAUAAGCCACAGCCAUUUGUUAUGUUAUGUUAUGUUAUUGGGAAAACAAACAAUGAUUUUCAAAAUUUUUUUCUAUGGUAAAACAGGGUUUAUAUUUAUUGUUGUCAGGUUUUAAAAUUACACGAGUUUGGAGAACUGAUGAGACACUUAAAACUAUUGGCUUUUUUCCAGAAUACGAGUCAUAUUGAUAUAAAAAUCUGAUACCGAAAUCCACAAACAUGAUUCUAAAUUCUCGUCUGAUAAGACGACAACUAUUUUUUACUACCUCAAUUCUUUUGGAAUCGUUCUUAAUUGUUAAAACGUCGAUACGGAUUGAAAGGUUCAACACGCUGAAAACAGGAUAUCAUUAAUCGUGUAAUUUUAACUUUUUGUAUCACAACAAAAUCCAAUUCGAAUACAUCAACACGUGGGCCAAAUGUGCAACGUGUUUCAAAAUUUACCGCGGGCCGCGUGAAAUUAAGCAGAGGGCCGGAUGCGCCCUACGGGCCAUACGUUGUACAGGCCUGCUGUACUCUAACAGUUGGCUCAGUCAGUAAAUAACACUGGUCAACACAGUUAAAGCUCAAACUGGAAAUAAUGAAAGAUUAUAACUUUUUUUACCCAAUCCUGUGAAUUUUGGUGCCUCCAACCAUCAAAUUUCUUCAGUGACUUAAACGAGUUUUCUCGUGAACAUAAUAUUGAAGCGAAGAACCCAUAAUUACUAUGCGACACUUUGACGUAAGUUGACGCACAAUUACUAUGCGAUACUUUGACGUAAGUUGACGUGUUUUAACAAUGGCUAGAUGCACCAGAUUUUACAGAAAUUUUCAAGAAACUAUAAUUUUUCUAGGGCAACUAUUUUGAGCUUUAGAGGAGCAUAUUUUUCGAUCAUUUUUUUGUCGACCAGUGCAAUAAACAAAGGGCCAAGUUUCAAAAGUGGAAAAAUACACCAAAGCAUUCCUUGCUUUAACUUAAACCUUGCAACGAAAAUGUUGUUUGAGUCCCAAUAUGAACAGUUUAGGUAUUAUCUGAAACGAAUUCAUAUGAAAUAAUCAAAAUAUGACAGGUUUGUUCGAUAUAUAAUGGAUAAAUGUGAAUUUGACGGUCACAUAUUGUUUGAGGAAAAUAAAAAAAUGAUAUCAGAACUUAAGAAAAGUGUUGGAAAAUAGAUCUUGAUUAAACUAUCAAAAUAUUUCAGUUAAAGUCGUCUUCAUAGGAAUUCAUAAAAUCAAUUCAUUCAUUCCCUCGCGUCAUAAAUUGAAAAGCAAAUAAGUUUUGUUUUAAAAUCUGAAUCAAUUCAACGUUCUUACAACAUGCAACAGGAUGAACAAUAUUUUGUUAUAUUACCUCGGGUGAUCAGUAUUAUGUUAAUUAAAAACAUGUAUUUAACUUCCUGUAAGGAUUCAGAGUAUCCACGAUAUCUGAAUUGGAGAGUAAAACGUUUGUUUUUUCAUAACAUUACGUUAAUAACUCCCAGUUGGCUUCGAGGUACGAUGUUGGCCUAACUAGCGGUAGGUUCGGCCAGUCGCCGUAUGUUCGAAUGUCGGCUUCUACACGGUUUUCUGAUUUUAAGGUAUCAACUGAAAGAGUGUAAUUUUCUGAGCAAAACUUGGUUCUCAAGAAAUACUUUUUCAAAUGAUAUAUCAAAACUAGUAAAGCUUUAGGACCUAGUUGUCCUGUACACUAAACAAUUGACUGUGAAGACUGUGUAUAUAAUGAACAGAAGGCCGAGUUCCGAACCGGAUUGUAGCACUAAGGGUUUGCUUCACUUUCGCGUUAAAUAGGCGCGAUACAAUAAGAUCUGUUGAAGUAGCGAUAGCUUCUUAUGAACUAAAAUUUUAAAUUACCUAUUCAAGUUACUAUCAGCGUAUUUUUAUACCAACUGCUUAUUCUUCCCCGUGGUUCUGAGUUAGCAAUGUCGGUCGGUUAGCUCUCCCAAACGGUUGUGAUGUCGGGUUCGAUUCCCGAUUAGGUCGAGGAUCUUUCCGAGCUGGAAAUUUUCUCGACUCAGCACUGGGGUACGGUGUAUCGUUGUACCUAUCCUACAACAUGCAAAAUGUGCCAAAACAAAAACAAUAGCAGUAACGAAUUCUCUCAACUAAUCUAGUUGAUCGAGACCCCUAUUAACCCUCCAGACUGGCGUGCGAUAUUGUUUCUACUUAUUCUUCAAAUUUUUUGACGGCGCGCAACUUGAACCAAGCGCCACUUUUUGUUCAAUUGACUUAUUAACACCAGUGGAUGUCGAAAUUAAUAAUCUAUCUUUCAUGAAAAACGAAAUCGUUUAAACAGUUCAUAAUGAUAUUAUAACAAAAUUUCUCUGUAGCAGCUUGUAGAUAACGUACGGAAAAAAUGGUUGCCGCUUCAGAUCAAUUCAAUACUGACACUACUCAGAAUAUUACAAUUUCGAGUUUUUAAUAGCAAACGCAAAUACUAUUGAGUUUCAUUCCACAAAGACCCGCUUCAAAAAAGAAAGAAAAGUAGGAGAAUUUUCUGAUAAUUAAGCUUUCUAAAUAGGAUUGUCAUUUCAAACAUGACAUACACGUUUGAACCUGUUAGGUUUAUUUUAACUUAUACAAAUUGCUAAAUAAGGAUAGGUUUUUUCAAACGAAUAUAAACAUGAAAUAAGGAGAACGAGAAACAAAAAGCACAGGCCACUUUAGCUUCCUGCAAUGUAACCAAAAGUUUUUUUUUGGUACCGUUGAAUGGGGUGAAAUUGAUCAGUGAGGUGAAAUUGAUCACCUGAAAAUUCGUGAUAAAAAAUACUAAUCAAAAAGAUACUGACCUCACAACACCAGGCAUUGUUUACGUGUCCUAAAAUGCAACUUUUGAAAGAUUCACAUACCUGUCAAAGUUAACCCUUUCAUGCCCGGUGCAAUUUUACAUGUUUUUGAAAAUCUCUUCUAACUCAGUCAAAACUCAAUCAAAUUUGAUCAAACAAGUUUCCAAAUAGCAAAAAAAAAGUAUUGAAUUUACUUGAAGUAAUCUAAUUAUGUUAAAUUUGGAGAAGUGAGUGAAGUUUGAUAAAAGCUCAAAAAAUAUAAUUUUUAACAAUGAUCCUUCCAUAUCAUUAAAGUAAUACUGAUGAGUUCGCAGGGAACCACAAAGAUUUUAAUUUCAGAGCUAGUUCUUAGGCUUUUGCAACGAAUAGAAUUGAAAUCGAUCUUACGAUGAUAAAAUUAGAGCAAAUUUAUCAAACUGCAGCUCGUAAACCAAAAUGUAUAGGUUUUAACCUGAAAUAUCGCUAGUUUCAUUUCCAAACUAGCUGUGAUUGAUAUUUUUCAGUUCAUAAACCCAUUCAUCAUAACCAUAUCGAAAAAAACAAUUUUCCAAUGGAAUGUAUGGAUUUAAAGGAUGAUCGAUUUCACCCCGAUUUAUCUCUAGUAACUUAUGGAAUUCUCGAAUUUAUGUCAUGAAGUAGACGAUAGAAAUUUUAUCAAUAGCCAUAAAGGUUUUCUAGAGCACAUACCAGUACUUAUUUUGAAUAUAUAUACUAUUUCAGGAAAAAUGUACAUGAAGCUAGUUAAUUGGAAAAUAUCAUGAAAAUUGAUCAAUUUCACCCCGUUCCAUGGUAUCUAAUCUAAUAACCAAACAUUCAGAAUUAUAUUGUAGGUGAGAUUUAUUCUGGGUCACAUCCUCUGUUCGUUUUGUUACGCCUAACUGUAUAAAUAAUCUAUCACCAUAUCGUCCAUUUCGUGCAACACUGGCACAACUCAAAAAUCAUAUUCUCGAGAAUACUUUAAAGUUCAAUAUUUCCAAUCCUCAUUCAACAUUUUUGGGUCCAUAAUGUACAUAUAUGAGCUCGUUGUACAAGUUAAAGCCUUAUUUUUACUAGCUUUAUAAAACAAUUUGAAGUGUGCUGCAAAGGCACUUCUACUCAUAACUGUGGAGUUUUUGUUAAUUUUGAAGCAGGGUUUCGUGGGAGCAAAAUUUACAGUAUUUGACAUCGUUUGUCAUCAAGAAUUAAAAAUGCAAAACUUCGAGUUGUGCCAAUGUAAGUGUUGCACGAAAAGUUUUCUACUCUAUAACAGGGUUUUGUUCAAAUUUCAAAUUUCAACUCCACUGCUAGGAACUUCGUUACAUCACUUUAUAUGAAUAUAAUAAUAUGGCAUUCUCAUGCAGUUAUUAGCAGCAAGGCACUUUCACAAUGUGGUCAUAUGUUGGUACAUUAUUAUUUAUUCUUUUUACAUUUAUAAGCCGAUUCAAUUCCAUACACACUUUUAAAGAAUAUGCAUAGGCACAUUCGAGAUAAAAAAAAAGAUAGUGGAAUUGGUAAUCCCCAAUAGCAACGUCCGGUUGCUAACCAAAAUAGCAACGGCGAGCGUUGUGAGAAGAGCUACUCAAAGUUCAACUCACCGGUGCACUUGGUCUGAAAUUGAGUUGUUCUAAGAUGUUGUACGCCAUCAUCCGCAGAGAAUUGGUUAAAACGCUAACAAAAAUAUUUGGUAAUGCUAAAUAGUAAUGCUUCAUCGCCUGAAGCGUAUACAUGUUUCAUGUUUCAAUAAAUAGACUUACUCCUAGGUAAAAAAUAGUUUCAUAAAAAAUAAACUAUUUUGCAGCUUCAAA